UUUCUUUCCGUCUAAGUUUUCCAACUGGAUUUCGAAGGCUACGCGGCAAUGGAAAGUUACCUCUCAUUUCUGCUGUGCGCCGGGUCAUCUAUAACAACUCCCCUGCUUUCUCUGCAAUCUAUACUCCAAUCAUUUCUCUGUAUUACAAUUCCUCUUAGUAGACUUAAAUGGCGGAAUUCCAAGAUUUCCUCCCAAAUAUGGCGGAGAAAUUGAGUGGGGCUGGUUUAAUGGCGGAACUGUGUACAGGGUUUCGCUCACUGGCAGAUCCCCUGUUGGGUUUGAUUACUGUCGAAAGUCUGAGGAAAAAUUCAGCUAUUUUAGGGGUGGGAUCUUUGACAGAUUCAGAAAUAGAAGCGAUGGUGCAGGAGGGAGAUUUGAACGGUGACAGAGCUUUGAAUGAGCACGAAUUUUGCGUUCUGAUGAUUCGGCUCAGCCCUUCUUUCAUGGCGGAGGCCGACAAAUGGCUGCAGAAAGCCAUCGCCGAGGAAUUUGAAGAAACGCUGGAAGAUUUGUAAACAUUAUUUAAGUUACCAUUAAUCUUGUAUCCAUAUGUGAAAUGUGACUGGCACCGCUUUCGUUUCUAUGACAGUAUUACAAAGCCUCUGCAUAUAUCAGAAUUUCCCCCGAGUUCUGGUCAACUUCUACAAAAUCCACUGAUUUUCUUUUUACAAUAUUCAUUUUAAUUUUUAAUUUAUUUUUUAAAUGACCAUUGUCAUGUUCAUAUUACUUGUAAUUCUUAAUUUCAGAGUUUAAAAAUCAGAUUUAGUCAA